AUGGCUAUCUUAAAAAAGUUGCUCUCCCUAAUAAUGAAUAGCUCCAAACAAUCAGUACUUUGUCAGCAUGCUGCCAACAAGGGGCGGCGGGAGCUCUUCCAACACAGGAGGAUCUUCUGCGACACAAGACCUGAGGUGGUUGCUACCUGUCCGACCAUGUCUCAUUUAUCGUCUUUGGACUUGAUCAAAUCCACAUUAAAGGAAGAUGAAAGUCGCGCGCAUGUUUUCGUUAUUUUUGGGGCCUCGGGUGACUUGGCGAAAAAGGAAACAUAUCCUGCUAUGUGGUGGCUCUUUCGGGACGAUUUACUGCCACACAACACGUAUUUCGUUGGUUAUGCUAGAUCGGCCCUGAACGUUCAACGAAUUCGUGAAAGAAUUGAACCUCAAAUGAAGCCUGAACCGGCUCACAGUGAAAAGCUGGAGGAGUUUUGGAUGAAGAAUUUCUACAUUAAAGGCGAUUACUCCGAGCCUGAAGGAUUCAAGGAGCUGAAUCAGUUUAUUGGAUCCAGAUGGGGAGAAAACGUGAACCGAAUUUUCUAUUUUGCCACCCCACCUUCAGUAUACAUUCCAUUAGCGACGAAUAUUCACGAAUACUGCCUGCCUAAAAAUACCUCUUCAUGGGCUCGCUUGAUUAUUGAGAAACCAUUCGGGCAUAAUUUGGCCUCCUCAAAUGAGCUAUCUGACCAUUUGACCGCAUUGUAUUCUGAAGACCAGAUCUACAGAAUCGACCACUAUUUGGGAAAGGAAAUGGUGCAAAAUCUCAUUAUUUUACGGUUCACCAAUAGAAUUCUCCACGCUCUCUGGAACCGUGAACAUAUUCAUAAUGUAACCAUAACACUCAAAGAGCCCUUUGGAACUGAAGGUCGGGGCGGUUAUUUUGAUGCAUAUGGGAUUAUCCGUGACGUUGUCCAGAAUCACCUAAUACAAGUUUUAUGCCUGAUCGCAAUGGAAACUCCCCGAACUCUGAAAGCAGAUGAUAUCCGUGACGAGAAGGUAAAAGUACUUCGCUGUGUGCCUCCUGUUGCACCUGAGGAUGUGGUCAUUGGCCAGUAUGUUGCUGAUCCUAAUGCUGACGGUCCCCCGGCUUCCAUGUCCUACACGGAUGAUCCGACGGUGCCCAAAGAUGAGUGA